CAGGAUGUACUCGUUGACUGUCGUCCCUCGUUUUCCUCCGGGGCUGUGCGCGUUUUUGUACGGGCUUCAGUUCAUCGUCGGCAAUUCGGCAGUUGGGAUGUACCUUCCCUCAGAACUGACAGGAGAUAUGGCAGAGACGCCACUGCCGACAGACCAGCAUGAAUCAUCUAACGGCAGUAACGGACAAAUCAUGGCAGACGAGAACUCAUUUGAGGAAGCGCUUGGCCCAACUGAGCUGAUAUUCAAGCAAGUUCCAAACGAGGGAGACGUGCAGAUCAUGGACGCUGUAAAUAUGGCCAUUUACCUGUCUAUCUAUAAAGGGACGGAAAAAGAACGUCUCGAGCGCUGGGAAAGCAUGUGGGAAGAUUACGAGGCUAAGGAUAGAGGCAUAAGCCAUAGAGACAGUCUACCGCCCUCCCAUCUGUGCCCUGGGCCAAGGGACUUCCCGUCGCUUGAUGAAGCUGUUGGAUCUUUCAAGGAGAGUGUUUUGGAUCAAGAAGAGUUACUGUAUCUUUCAGAUUUUAGCGUGCCACCCUUCAUCUACAUGAGCCGUGCUGCACCACGCGGUCAAUUACGUAUAGGCGACGUCAGAUUCUUGCCCGAUGAAGACCCGAUCAUGUCCCUGGCCUUCUCAGGACGCGGAGUAGAAGCUCAUGGCAUCCUCAGUGAUCUGGUUGAGAAAAUAAUUUCACCGACGCUUGCAGCAGCGUACAAAGUCUCAAAUCUGAAAGCCAAUUGGUCGUUUAGGAACCCAUCCUGCGACUUCAGAAUUGCGGCUGAUGCGUAA